AUGGGACCCGAGAAAGGUCGAGAAGGGCGAUGGAUAGACAAGGCUGGCAAGAUUUUCAGCCUUCGAAUCUUUCCACCUCCUCCUCCGCCUCAGCACACCUUCCUCCUCCCCAUACGGAUCCUCAACAAGCUUGAUGAUUUCGGCAUCCAGCUCGCACUCCUCCUCCUCAGCCGGAUUGAGAAGAGAAGCGCGACAUGGGAUUGGAGCGGAGCCCUUCAGCGCCGAAACAAGAUCCUGUUCCACGCGCUCUCCUCUACCAGCAGCUGCUCCUCCUGCUGGGCGCGCCAACAGUCCCUUCGUUUUCACCCCCACCAGUCGCAGAGCGACCCCAUGAGUCCCGAUGAUGGAAGCAGUGGCGUUGUGGCACUGAAAUCUCGCCCACGCAGCCAGCGACCAACCAUGCCGUGA